CUUUAACGAUACGGCUCACUUCUGACCUGGGGAAGAAUAAUCAGUUCCAUAUGAUAUAGCACAGCAUUUCUUGCUUUCUGUUUUAAACAUAAAUCCACGCUCUACAAUGUUAGUAAAAUACUACGUGGUAACUUGAACAAAACGUUUAGCUGAACCCGCCCACCUCCCUUAGCAGAUCCCAAGCCCUUGGGGCUAAGGGGUGGACCGUGGAAUUCCACAUUCAUCACUAGUGACUGGUAACUGAAUGAAUCGCUGCCCAGUGCCCAAGCCCCAGAGAUACCCACACAGUGCUCGUUUUUUAUGGCCCGUGCCGUAUGACAGCCCACUGCCAGUCAAGCUGGUGCGUGGUUAAGUGCUAAUAUAACUAUGAAUUUGAAAAGCUAUCCACUGUAUCAAGUGAUCAUUUUGUAUUAAGAAGUUAGCGAAUUGUAUUGUGCAAUUACCGUGUGACUCUUGAUAGAAUUUGUGAAGGGAAUUAAUCUGCCAUGACCUAAAAGUAACAAGAUUCCGACACACCUACCUCCUACAAGAAAAAGGAAAGGAAGCUAUACGAAAAGUGCACCUAAUUCUGGUUGAAGUUACGUUAGUUGAAGAUCUUGAGAUAAAAGUAUGACAUACUUAAAGAACUGCAAGUGUAAAACAUUGCCUUAUCCAAGAAAGAUAUUGUUUUGUACUUAGGAUGCUAUUGUGAAUUUUACAUCUGCAAUAGAAAACUAAUAGAUCAACACUUGUUAUCAUGAUUCAUCGAAAAAUAAUCUUUACCCGUAGUGACUCCUUGGAAAAUGCACCACAAGAAACCCCCGUCCUACGUGGUCCACAGCCAGACUCAAGAUUUUCUUUGCUGCUGGAAGCCCUUAAAAUCCAGAAUUUAAUUGGGGUUCGAACUCAGUUGGCUAGAGGCUUACCGGUCAAUCACCGUGAAGCGGCAAAAGGGAACAGAACGCCGCUCAUCUAUGCAGUGAAGCAUGAUUUCCUGGAGGCUGUGGUUGAAUUACUUGGCCGAGGAGCUAAUGUGGCUAUUGCCGAUGGAAACGGGGUUACUCCUCUUCACAUGGCCGCUGCAGGCGGACAAAUAUCACUUGUCAAAUUACUCCUGUCCCACGGUGCAUCUCCAGAUCCCAUGGAUGAUCAUUCUCGCACUCCACUGCAUUAUGCAGCCAGAGCUGCCACUCAAGAUCCCAGUGACAGAGGAAUCGUGAGUGUAGUUGAAACGCUGCUCAGAGCAGGAGCGUUACGUGGAAGGCGAGACAGAGAAGGGCGUAUCCCCCUCCACAAUGCUGCUACUGCAGGAAGUCCCAACUUAAUCAAAGCUCUUGUAGGUCCGAAAAAUACACCGACAUUAAAUAUGAAAGAAAAUGAAGGUCGCACACCGUUGCACUGUGCUGUUGUUGGAGGAAGAUCCUUAGAGGCUGUUAAGGUUCUCAUACAAUUAGGUUGCACAGUUGAUGCGAGGGACGCCCAAGGGCACACACCGAUGCACUUGGUUGCAGCCAGGCAAGUGAAUUAUGUUAACGAUGAGUUUGAUGGGGCAUGUUUAGAAUUACUGCUGUCGCAGGGGGCAUCCGUGUCAGCAAAAAAUGACGAUGGUUAUAAUGCCCUUUCACUUGCAUUGCUCCGAACUAUGUGGUGGGGCAGGCCUAAUGCAAGAGACUAUGUGCAACAUGCUGUGGAGCUGUUAGUUGCCAAAGGUAGCUGUAUACAAGAUGGCUUUGCAAUGUGGAGGAUGGUGGAAAGCUUCCCUUCCCUGGUACCUGUUGCCCUGAACAGAUCAGUUUACUCUAACACGUCUGUUCGGGACUCCCCUCAUCUUCGUAUAGAUUUUGACUUUGGACCUCUCACAGUAGAUGCCAAACAGCUCCGUGAAAUUCACCGCCAGUCGCCUUUAAAUCCACAGUCGGAAUUACCUUCCCCUUUGCUAAAAGACAGAGAGGUUGCCAUGCUGCAUUACAUCCUUUGGGCAGGGAGAAAAAAUCUAUUAAGACAUCCUCUCUGCAAUACAUUCCUGCACCUUAAAUGGUGCAAAGUUCGUAAAUACUUCCUAGCAAAUGUGAUAUAUUAUCUUUUGUUUGUGAUGAGUCUUACAGGCUUUCUGCUCUCGUCCAAAAACUGUCCCACCUCAACGUACUCGGCAGAAAUCCACGGAAACCACUCAAGCGCCGGCAACGUUACUCAGGAGUGUUGGUGGGCUGGAAAAGAAUCUGGUUUAGUAGGAUUCACCUGGUGGUGCUUAGUGAUAUUUUAUGGGAUACUGACUUUAAGGGAAAUUGUCCAAGUAUUACAGAAUCCUAUGUUAUAUAUAAAAAAUGUUGGAAACCUCUUCGAUGCGUCGUUGGUGGUGUGUGUUCCGCAACUCUUGGUGAAUAUCUUCCCAGAAGAACAAGAUGCGAUACCAACAUGUUGCUUAGCUAUGUGGCAACAAAAGGUUGGGGCAAUCGCUAUAAUACUGGCUUGGGUGAGACUUAUGCUCUUCACAGGACAGUUCCCAAGCUGUGGCGUUUAUAUUGUGAUGUUUUCAACUGUUGCCAAAAAUGUACUCAAAUUCCUUGCGAUGUACGCAUGUGUACUGGUGGCCUUUGCAUUUGGGUUUUAUGUUUUAUUGAGGCCUACGAAGCGAACUUUCAGUUCUCCGGGAAUAUCUCUGGUUACAUCUCUGGUAAUGAUGACUGGUGAGCUCGAUUAUGAGUCCAUCUUUCUCGAAAAUGAAAAUAGCCCUGCUUUGCUGAGUAUUAUAAUUCUUGUGGUGUUUAUAAUUCUGGUCUUCAUCAUUCUCUCAAACCUUUUGGUUGGUCUGGCUGUCAGUGAUAUGUAUUCAAUACGGCAAAGGUCGGAGGUUUUGCGUCUAACAAGGCACGUGGAAUUAAUGACACAAGUUGAAGCCCUGUUCCGUAGCCGUUUCAUGCCCAAAAAGCUUACUGCAUUUUUCUUGAAAAAUAUAAGUAUCACUGAUGGACUACAAAAGCCUUCUGUCAGUAUUUUCCCUAACCGCACAAAUGGGUUUAUUGAUUGUUUGUUCAUUCUGUUGUCCAGGUGGUUACCUUCUAGAAGAUUCCUGAUAAAGGUAUUUGAGAUUUUUGUAUCGGGUUUCAUAGCUCCAGAACAUGAACCAUCUUUACCAAAAGAACUUCUUGUAGAUACAGUCAAUAUUGCACUAAGAGAACAUGAAUUGGACAAACGUGAUCGUAUACUUCAUUUGCGGGCUCAUCAGUCAGGUGUAGCAGGACAACAUAAAUACUUACCAUUUCACCAGCAGCCAGUUACUAACCAAACUACUUUAAUGAACAAGUCUACUAUAAUGAGGACAACCUCAGUUGGACAAAGAAACUCAUGGCGUUGGACGUUCACUAGCGAUACUGAUGUAGAAGAUGAUGCAGAAAAUGCUCUUCAGGUAUUACAGACUCAGCCAUCUGUUCGUGCAUCAUGGUUAGGUGUAGCACCUGUACGAUCUGUUGCUCCUGACCCCAAUGCUAAACUCGAUGAACUUCGAGUAAUGGUUUUAGGCCUUCAGUCAACAGUUGAAAAUUUAAUGACAAUAAUACAUCAGCAGCAACGGCCUGAGGCUUCACCACUUACACAGAGAAACAUACAGGUUACACUGACAGAGAACACUAGUAGUGAAGUCAGCGUUUAGUCCUCGUCUAGUAAGGUAUCUUAGCUACAGCUAACACCUGUGAAUUUGUGACUUACUUACUAUCCAUUGAUAAUUUACUGAAGGCUGUGUACAGUUCCCUUAAGCCUCAAGCCGUACCGUUUUUUUAUUUUUUAUACACAUCUAUUCCCACUUCUUUCUUCCAUCUUGCUAUCCAACCUACGUAACUACUACUCAUUAGUCCAACUGUUGGCUUUUCUUCCAGUUUUUUUUACUUUAUUUUUUUUCUGGAUAACUUAUCUUUCUGUUCAGUUACACUAACACACACUUCUUACCAUUUUCAAUACGAUAUGGUGUAGCUCAAAUUAACCGAGAGCUUGGGUUUUUAUCUUAAUUUUCAUAGUUCUCAUCCAUACUUUUGAAAGGUUAUUUCAAAAAUCAGUAUUCUAGCUGCUGCUGCUGCUAUUUAAACUAAACUGUGAAUCAAACUGUGCCAUGCAUCAUAGUCUGUUAUAUUUUACAUUUUAUUCAUAACUCAUGAGUAUUUUAUGUAAUCACUAUGAUUUGUUGAGGAAUAAGCCUAUACAUACACAUUAGAAAUUCUGGCGAUAUGAACUAUGAAAUGCAUUUGUUAUUCACAUUCUUAUGGAGAAUGUGUUACUUAAAAAAAAAAUUUAGCAUUACAACUGAUUUUGAGUAAAGUUAAUCACAUUAUGUUCAUUUACCAUUUUUCUCAUUUUACCACUAUUUUUUAGAAACAGUAAGAGAAGUUACUUAUUUUGUGGUUAUUAAAUGUUAUCUAUACUGUGUAUGGAACAAUUCUACUUUGCAUUCAGUUCCUAGUCAUUAUAAAUUUGUAGUUACAGAAAUCAUUAAAUCAUCCAUUGACUAUGGCAUUUUUCAUUUAAAAAGGAAAUUCGUUUCAAGUGCAUUUGAAGGCAUUCUUGAAAUCUUUUAAGAUGCGCACAAAAAAAU